AUGCUUCUACUGCUGUCGCCCUCCCAUCAUUCCCUCGCUGCGGCCGCCUGCACCGCCGCACUCCCCUCCGCGUCCGCCUGCUUCCCCGCGUCCGCCUCUCCCCGCGCAUUGUUACAGCUCUUACGACCAACCUCCGUCGUGGGCGCUCUCCACGGCUCUUCGGCUGGCGCUCACGCUCUACCGCUCAACGGCACAACGUCGUUCAGCGACACAGCGUCGCUCAACGACACAGCGUCGUUCAACAGUACCGCGUCGCUCAACAGUACCGCGCCGCUCAACAGUACCGCGUCGCUCGACAAUACGGCGUCGCACAACAGUACAGCGACGCUCAACAGUACCGCGUCGCACAACAGUACAGCGACGCUCAACAGUACAGCGUCGCUCAACAGUACAGCGUCGCACAACAGUACCGCGUCGCACAGCAGUACCGCGUCGCACAACAGUACCGCGUCGCACAACAGUACCGCGUCGCACAACAGUACAGCGUCGCACAACAGUACAGCGUCGCACAACAGUACAGCGUCGCUCAACAGUUCAGCGUCGCACAACAGUACAGCGUCGCUCAGCGGCGGGGGCGGCGGGCCAGUGGAGAGGGUGGGGAAGGCGGCGGAGAAAAUAGCGCACGCGGUGGGGGAGGCGGGGCAGGUGGCGAAGCAGGUGGUGGAGAUGUACGUGCGCCCCAACGCGCGCCCGCGCAUCCCGCUCGGUCCCACCAUCAUCAAAUGGCUCAAGCGCUCGCCCAUCCCCCAGCAGGUACACGUGUCGUUGGCGAGUGCAUCAGCGGGCGCGCUGACGAUGCGCAUCACGUGGAUAACGAGCCAGCCGCGAUGCCUGUCGCUCGUCACGUGGGGGCUGCACCCUAACGCGCUCAACCGCCUCUCGCGCGGCACCUCCUCCUCCUACCAAUUCCUCUUCUACAGGUCAGGGUUCAUCCACAGCGUGGUGGUGGGGUCAGCAGAGAAGCCCCUGGCGGGCAACACGGUGUACUACUACCGCAUGGGACGCAAGGGCAAGCGCCGCUCCUUCAAGACGCCGCCCUCCGCCGCUGAUGCCGCCAUGGACAUCGCCAUCGUUGGUGACCUGGGGCAGAGUGGGUGGACGGUGAAGACGCUCAAGCACCUGGGCAGUCGGCCGCACGACAUGGUGGUGGUGCCGGGCGACCUCUCGUACGCCGACUUCAACCCCUGGCGCUGGGACAGCUGGAGCACGCUCAUUGACCCCUACGCCAGCACGCGCCCCUGGAUGGUCGUGCCAGGCAACCACGACCAGGAGUCGCUCUCGCGCUUCCUGCCCGGCUUCAUCUCGUACAACGCGCGCUGGCGCAUGCCCGCUGCUGCCAGCGGGUCGCCGUCCAACCUGUUCUACUCGUUUGACACGGCGGGCAUCCACUGGGUCAUGCUCUCCUCCUACUCGGGCUUCCUCCCCGGCUCCCGGCAGUACACCUGGCUCAAGAGGGACCUGGGUCUGGUGGACAGGGCGCGCACGCCAUGGCUGGUGGCGGUGCUGCACGAGCCAUGGUACAGCUCCAACGCGCGCCAUGCGGAGGACGGCCGCCCCAUGCGCCAGGCACUCGAGGGGCUGCUCUUCGCCGCCCGCACUGACAUCCUCUUUGCCGGCCACGUGCACGCCUACGAGCGAUCCAAACGCAUAUUCAACGGGAGCCCACACCCCUGCGGCAUAGUCCAUGUAACUAUAGGCGACGGUGGCAACAGAGAAGGCCUUUAUUCCACCUACCACAAGAAACCUGGGUGGUCUGCAUUCAGGGAGGCCUCGUUCGGCCAUGGCCGCUUCCAGGUGUUGGGAGGAGCCAGCACAGGGGAGGCGGACUGGUCCUGGCAGCGCAAUGCAGAUGAUGUAGGGGAGACAGCCGACACUGCGCAUUUCAUUAGUCACGCCAGCCCGCUUGCACCCUCUCAGUGCAGGCCACCUUCAGCACAAGGCGUCGCAUGGUGUGCACGUGUAAAGAUGGGUAACUCAAAGAAAGAGGUGCCGGGAGACGAGAGAGUGACGAGUAGAUGGUCGACACGACGAGCCGGUGAUGGAGCAGAGGGCCAUGGGUGGCCGCAUGCGGCGAGGAGCGCCAAUCAAUCGCACACGCGCAGUGCGGGUGAGGAACCGGAGGAGAGCAGAGUGGGCGAGGAGAGGGAAAGGGAAGACGGGGCGGGGGGCGCGGAAAGGAAUAUUCACGAGGAGGAGAAGAUUUGGGGAUUGGAGAGGGGCGAAGAUGGACAGUAUGUUGAAUGUGGGGAUGAGGAGGUGGCGGCGGAGGUGGAGGAGGAGGGCAAUGAUGAUGACGAGGAGAUUGACGAUGACGAAGAUGAGGAUGAGGAUGAGGAUGAGGAUGAGGAUGAGGAUGACGAUGACGAUGACGAUGACGAUGACGAUGACGAUGACGAUGACGAUGACGACGAUUUCGACUACGACGAGUGGGAGGAUGAGGAGGGUGGGCGGCGCGGCGUGCAAGGCAGCGCGGCUGACGGCGACUGGAUGGUGUCGUCCCGCCUGCGAGCACCGCAGCAGCGCGCAGCGGCAGAGGGCACAGGGGAGAAUCUAGAGCCCGCGCCCUUGGCGCCCUCUUCUCCGCCACCCGCCUCCUCCCGCCGCUUCGCCACCCUCACCGCGCACCCCCGCGCGCCAGGCGAGCCCCUCCGCCUCACAAUCCCCGCGCAGCUACCCGACGCCCUCGCCCCGCUCGCAGCAGACCCGCUUUUGGGUGCGCCUCCCUUUCCCCCCAUGCUGCACCGACCACGCUCCGCCGCUGCUCGCGCUGCGGUCGCUAGAGUGUUGCGGCAGCGGCAGGAGGCAGCAGAAGGCAGUAUGCGCGGGGCUGGGAGGGGCGCUGAUGCAGGGGGGAUGGGUCAGGGCGGAAUGGAGGGGCAUGGCGCAGGUGCAGAGACACGGCGCGCGCAAGUGGGGAACAUUGGGGGAGAUGCUGGUGGUGGUUGUGGGGAGAAGGAAGGAAACGAGGGAGACGUGGAACGGUUGAGAAGGGGAGGAGACGGCGCAGGGCCGGCGCGAACGGCAGAAGGCGAGACGCAAGGAAGCCGAGCAGAUGGCGCGAGGGAAUGGCAGGGCGGCGCUGGAGGCAUGGUGCUGCGGGGCGCGGCCGGCACGGAGAGGGAGGGCGGAGGGCAGGAAAGCUGGAGGCAGCAAGGAUUGGGCGGGACGACUGGCGGGCGGGGAGUGGGAGGUGGCAGGGCUAUGGAGGUGAGCCCUCCACGCAGCAUGCGAGAGCCUUCCUCCCGUGCUGCGCGCAAGAUGUGGCGGGAGCUGGUGCCACACCGAGCAGGACGCACAGACACGGCACAGACUCACACGCUGGGAGGCAGCAUGGGGCAAGGCGGAGGAAGUGACAAGCAGGCGGUGAAAGAAGAGCUGUGA